AUGGGAGCGCCCAGCUCAGCCGCGUCCACCGGCGACGGAAUAAGGCUGAGAAGAGAAGACUUCAGGCGCACCAAACACGACUCUGCUUUCUCCCAAUGGAAGAUUCUGAUAGGACCUUCUGAUUGGGAGGAUCAUUCACUGGCAAAAGAAGGAGUGGAAAAGUACAGGACACAAAAUCUCCCCAAGUGGACUUCUUGUCCAGGAGUCUAUGAGCUUGGCGUGGCUGCAUCACGUCCAACAUCCGGGAGAGGGGCCCGCGAGUUUAAGUCGAGCUCUGUGGUUCCUGUUUAUCUUGGACAAGCUGACAAUCUUAGGAAUCGACUGCAGCAGUAUGGCCGUGAUGGUGCCCAUCUGGAGAACGGAUGUUUGAAUCUCAAGUUUAACGACUGCCAAACAAGCUCUUCCAAUAAGAGGCUCGGAUUGUUUACAGAUAUAUUCUCGAGAGGUUUGCCAAUUCUUUAUAGAUGUGCCCCAACGAAAAGCAAGAAAGACGCGGAGACAACCGAGAGACAGCUACUCAACAAGUUCGACUAUGCAUGGAACAAAGGUGGUAACGGUCCACGACGCCCAUAUGACAUCCACAGAAAGCUCGAUUACCUCUCGAAACAGUCUCAGUUUUCUCUCCUGGUGAAAAAGUUCAUUUUUCUUAACAAAAAGCCAGUUGGGAUUAAAAUCAAAGCUUGUGAGCCUUGCCUGUCAAAAAAUGGAUCCGACCCUAGCAGUAUGGAUAACAUUACAAUAUUCUCCAGAAUAUUCAGAGGUAAGAGGCUGCAGCCUAGACCAAAUGCACAGUAUGAACGUUCGGGUGAUUAUGGCACUACUGAUAUUUGUGGGGUCGAAAUUGGUUAUGGAUCCGUGUGUAGUGUGCCUCCUGUUAAGGGGAGAAGGAGGUGUGCUUUGCAUAAAGGGAUGAGGGUUAAUGGUUCUGUUUUAAAGUUCAAUAACGAGGGGAAAGUAGUAUCUCCCGUCGAAAUUGAUUUUGAAGAUCAAUUUUUUCGCCCGACUUGUGGAUUUAACAUGGAAAAUGGCUUGCCUUGUAGAAAUGAGCCAGUACCAAGAAAUAAAAGGUGUUUGGAGCAUAAAGGAAGGAGGAUUCGAAAAUCGUAA